GCGUCGUCCUCGAGGCCAAGACUGAUAAACUCCAGGUGAUGAAGUUAAAAUAAAUAAAUAAAUAAGAAAGCACGCAAUUUGUUUUUCUCAGGUGCCGAGGAAAGGAAAGGAAAGGAAAGAGCUAGCGAAUUAGCGCACUCUCGCUUUUUUCGUUCAUCCUAAAUUCUUCCAAUUUCGCGUACGCGCCUUCGAAGAACCUAGUCGCAGUUAUGGCGACCGCUUCGCCGGCACCCAACAACAAUGGCAGCAAUGCGAUUUCGAGCGCCGUUGCAACAACUCCUUCCAAGGCAACAGCCCUGGUUGGCGCUGCUGGCUCGGGCAAUCGUACGGACGUCGCUCCAAAAUCCCAACGUGGGCAGAAUAAGCCCAAGUGCAGACAGUGUGGCAAUGUUGCUCGUUCUAGGUGUCCAUAUGAACAAUGCAAGAGUUGCUGUUCAAGAAAUCAAAAUCCUUGUCAUAUUCAUGUGUUGAAGGCAAAUUCAAGUCAUUCCGAGAAGACACCAGCUUCUGCUGCUGCUUCGCUUGAUCAGCCAUCCUCAGAAUCAUCUCAAUCUGUGAACGUAAGCAGAGCUGCAUCACUUCGACAACUUUCCAACAGUUUUGCCCAGUUCAAUAAUUUGCAUGUCUCACUUCGAUCAAGGAAGCCACUGACUAGGAAGGAUGCUGCAGUUAUCAAUGAAUGGAGACUUUCCAAGUUAAGAGAGUACAGGGAGCGAAACAUUGAAGUGGAAAAUGAAGCUUUCGACCGAUAUAUGCAGAAUGUAGAUUUACUGAAGGAAGUAUUGCUUGUAGAGUCUAUGGAAGACAAUGUGCCCUCUGUAUCAGAUUCUAAUCAGAUUUCAAUGGAGAACAACAAUGAAACAAUGAUCCAGAAGCUGAAGUUGCAGCUAAGGUCAAACUCAAUCAGAAGUGAUCGAAUGAGAAUGCGAAUACAACAAAUUGUUGAUGAGGGAUUAAAGAAGGCUCAAAAGUGGGCUUUAGAUGGUCACGUUAAUGAAUCGAUUGAUGAAGAAGAACCUAAUCAAGAUUCAGAAAGAGUCAGGAAAGAAAGGCUAUCAGUUAUAAACGAUCUUAUAGAUAAAAUCAAUAGAGCCCGAAAUGAGGAGGAUUUGAAAUCGUGCCUGGAGAUGAAGUCGCAAAUUUUCAAUUCAGACAAAGGCGCUUGCGCAAUGGAACUAGAAGACAAUGAAACACCAAAGAAUCAGACUGAUGAAAGUGAUGCUGCACCCGUAAAAGAAAUAGACUAUUCUCUACCUAAAUUGGUUGCCACUGCUGAAAUUGAUCAAGAAACUCUUAGCAUCAUUGACAAGCACUUUUCUUCUCUUGAGCAUGUGGAGAAGUUAUGACUUGUGAGGCAAUAUUUCAUAAUGGUUGGGCGUUAGCUUCUUGUUCUUGAUAGGAGUAGGCAUCCGAAUGUUGUUGUAUUCCCCCCGAAAUGUAGCUGUAUUGUUUACAUACUGCAUUGUAAUAUGAUUGGGUAAAAUCCUAUUAAGUUAUUGUUUGCUUAUUUUUAGCACUACUGGUCUAGAGAAAGUAAUGUUGUUCACUAAUGACCACAACUGUGUCAUGGGCUGUAUGACAAUCACUUGUAAACUGAUCUGUGGGUAUUUUUCCCCUAGCAAGUUGGUUUAGUCGCUUGGAAACUGUAAUUGAGGGGAGACCCAGUCUUGAAUUGAGAACUAAGAUCAUUUGACUUGUUACAGACAGUUGUGUUUAAGAAGUAAAAUCCCCCAUAAAAUUAUUUGGUU